CGUCACAUGUAUACGUGUAGACGUGACGCCAGCGUCUCGUGAGAUAAUGCUUGUGACGUAGGGAUUUUCUGUCAGGAAGUCGGCGAGGAGCCGGACAUUAAAGGUUUUGCGGGACGUUUAAGCAGCGAUCCCGGACUGUCCACUGUUGGCCGGUAAUGUAUGGUGGGAAUGAGAAGCAGUCAGCGCCUGUUCCGUAGGUGCCUACAUUUGGGUCACCGGAGGAGAUUUAGGUUUGCGACCAAACUGAUUGAUUAUAUAAGAUAUGCAAGGUUCUGCGUUGUUUCUCUUGCCUACAAUUCGUUCACCAACAGUGAUGUUGUCAUUGAAUCACUCUUUGAGCCCGUUUACUGGCUUGUGGACCAUGUGACUAGGUGGUUUGGCAUUGUGUUUGUGGCUCUGGUUAUUGUUCUGACAAGCUCUAUAGUGUUGAUUGUGUACAUCUGCGUCCUGCCCCUUAUUAUUCAGACGUACUCUACCGCUUGGAUCUACUGGCAUGUCUCCUAUGGGCACUGGAAUCUCAUCAUGAUUGUCUUUCAUUAUUACAAGGCAACUACUACACCCCCUGGACAUCCUUCACAAAUGGAGACAGACAUACCAUCCGUGUCUAUCUGUAGGAAAUGUAUAGCACAUAAACCUGCCCGUACCCAUCACUGUAGCAUCUGUAGCAGGUGUGUACUGAAAAUGGAUCAUCAUUGCCCCUGGUUGAACAACUGUGUGGGGCAUUACAACCAUCGCUAUUUCUUCUCAUUUUGCCUAUUUAUGACCAUGGGAUGCAUUUACUGCAGUAUCAGUAGUCGAGUCAUGUUCCGUGAAGCUUACAGCGCUAUAGAGAAAAUGAAGCUCCAGGAGAAGGAGAGGCUUCAGUUUGCAGCAAAUGAGACCUACAAUGAGACUCCACCCCCAACCUUUACAUUCAGAGAGAGAUUGUUUCACAAGUGCAUCAUAUACCUCUGGGUACUCUGCAGCUCUGUAGCACUGGCUUUGGGCGCACUGACUCUGUGGCAUGCCAUGCUGAUCAGUCGGGGUGAGACCAGUAUAGAGAGGCACAUCAACAAAAAGGAAAGGAAGAGGCAGCAAUUGAUUGGCAAGGUAUUUUAUAAUCCCUAUAGCUAUGGUCGGUGUGGAAACUGGAAAGUUUUCUUUGGAGUAGAGAGAAAACUGCACUGGUUAACCAGAGUUGCUCUACCAUCUUCACACCUGCCUUUUGGGAAAGGUUUAACCUGGAAUGCUCCACCCUGGAUACUCAAUCAGCAGCCGUGUGUCCUUGAUAUAUGAUAAAGAACUUCGCCCAUGUUCACCCCUGUCCUUCUUUCCCAGCAACGAUGUGUGCAAUAUUAGCACUGCAGAGAUUAGCACAGAACGUUUGAUUUGGUGGAUCUGUUGUCGGCCUUCACAUUCCAAUGCAACAUGUUUAGUGUGUUUUUUUGGAGAGGUGAAAGUUAGAUGGGAAAUAUUAUCCAUGUAACUGUUUUUUUAGCAAUUUCACUAAUGAGGCUGCUUUUUGGUUAGAAAGAGUCCGUGCCCUUCCCAAAAUUCUUUGAAUGAACUUGAUCUAGGUGAAUUGUACUAAAGUAUUGGACCCAAAUGAAACAACUCAAACUGUUACACGGGCAGCACUACUUGCAGGUAACUGAUAUAUUACGUUGGGGUUGUUGGUUCAGGAGAUCCAUAUUUACUUCCAGUUUAGAUGGGAGAAGCUCUUUUUCCCUAAAACAUCACAUACCAUAGAUUGCCAUAAAACAUGCACAGUCUAUCCAGUUGGUAUGAAGCUACAACUGAUGCCCCUAAAGAUAACAUGGGGUUGCCAUGCCAGGUUACCCCCUGCCUGCUUCAGAGACAACAACUAUUCCCCCAAACAUAUACACCUUGCAGCAAGGGCACAUUUUACACUACAUGAAGCAGAUUAUCUAGAAUAUUUCAUCCAAUGUUUUGUUUUAUUUUUCAUUUGAAGAGCUGCUUUUUAUUAGGGCUACAUGCGGGCAGAUAUUGUAAUUCCUCUUUACGUCUGUUAUGUGUUUUGUGCCCUUAAACAAAUGGUUGUCAAGUUUCAGUAUGAGACACUCUUUGGACAAGGACCCCCUCCCCCAUAACAAGGGUUAAGAUGUAGGAAAACAUUGGUAUAUCAGUUAUUCCAUAGUUCCUAUGAUUUCUACCACAGUAAAUACAUUGUCAUCCUAAUUCACCUUAAAGGAGAACUAAACCCCUGGCGAGUCUUACCCCAGAAUUCUGUCCCCUCUUGAAAUAGCGACUGAAAAUGCAGAGUGAGCGCAGCGAAGCUCACGGGUGCCAUCUUCUUCUCUUCGGUAAUCUGAGCGAAGUGAGUGGUGUAAUGACUCAUGCGCAGUUGGAGCAAUCUUCCUGUUUGCGACAACUGCGUAUGUUCCUAAAGAGACGGUAGUUGCCGAAGGGGAGGAAGAAGACACGAAGAUUACUGAAGAGAAGAAGAUGGCCCCGUGAGCUCCGCUGCCCUCACUACAUUACGGGGGGAUUAGUUCUCCUUUAAAGCUGGGUACUGUUAGAUCUCCCCAAUUCUCACCUUAACUGGCCUUCUGGCUGAGCCCCCAUCACUCCUUACCAAUAGGGAACCACUGCCUUAAACCAAUGCAUUUUUUUGCAGUUUUCAUCCUUAAAAGACCAGUAACAACAAAAAAAAAACCACCAAGACAGUUUUAACUUUUAAUUCGCAAAUCUUUUAUUAAGAAAUUACUUACCAAUUCUCUGGUUGCGCUCCUCUUCAGAAACGGCGACAGGGCAACGAUCCAUUGUGCGGCACUCGAUUUCUCCUCCCUGCCUUCCAUAGGAGAUAGCCAGGGAGGAGAAAUCGAGCGCCGCGUGAUGGAUCGCCGACCCUGUCGCCGUUUCUGAAGAGGAGCACAAGCAGAGAAUCGGUAAGUAAUUUCUUAAUAAAAGCUUUGCGAAUUAAAAGUUAAAACUGUCUUGGUGGGUUUUUUUUGUUAAAAAGAAACGACUUUUUAUUAAAAAAAAAAUUUAUGUUACAGGUCCUUCAAGGUGAAAGCCAUCAAUUGCUGGCUUCUUAGCCACACAGGCCAAAAUGGUUUCCCUGGGCUCUUUCCCUCUCGUAGACUGACUGUACUUGACACGGAGUAGAAUAGUAGAGAUUUACAUCACUGGCCUUGGUUUAAUGUUAAAGCUGAAAUUUUGUACAGAGCAUUGUAAUGCUGAUUUUUUAAAAUGUUGUGCUAAAAUUGGUACUAGUGGUUACACUGUGUAUUGUUCAUUCUUCUGUUGGAUUCUGGGUAAGUUGUGGUUUUAUUUAUUGCCUCAAGAACCCCCCCUUUUUUUGCCAUUGUAUGUUUUUUUAAAUAAAGAAUAAUGAAACUCUAA